GAGAGAGAGAGAGACAGAUUACUGGGGAUCCAUGGAACAUGUCACAGCACCAGUGUUUUCUAUGUCUUCUUGUCCCAUAAGAUGCGUGUGUGUUUCCAGAUAAUCAGUUUCUUCCUCGCCGUGAACUUUUACUGCCAGCCGCUCCGAGCUCAGGAUCCCUCCUGUUGCCACCAUGCUGCCGAGUUCUCUCCUUGCAAAGAAGCUUGUGACCAGCUCGCUACUAUAAAGAGUGAGUCUCGUCUAAAGCAUCUCCUCCAGAGGUUACCUGGUUACUGUCCAGAGUCGAUGAAUGAACUUUGGAUGUGCAUCAACUCUACACUUCCAGGAGUAUCCAGGAAGUCAGAUGGCUGGGUGGGGCUGGGCUGCUGUGAGCUGGCUAUCUCAGCUGAGUGUCGCAGGGAAUGCAGACAGGCGUCGUCUAAAAAUGACAUAACAAAAGUGUGCAAAAAGGUCACAGAGAACUCCCUCUACAGCUGCAUCACCAAAAAUGAAAUGGGCUCCACAUGCUGCAGCUAUGCAGGACGUCACACCACCUGUAGGGAGUACUGCCAGGCCAUCUUCAGGACUGACUCGACCCCCACCGUGUCCCAGAUCAACGCAGUCAAGGAGUACUGUCAGAGUCACAGUGCUCAGCUGCUCAGCUGCGUCAGCAACUUCACCAAGUCCUACCCCAUACGCAGCCCGAUAGACAGUCUGUACUGUUGUGACCGGGCGGAGGCUACCCACUGCCAGGUGGCAUGCCGGCGAAUCCUUCGUACCAUGAGCACAGAGCAUGAGAUCAUGGAGGGCUUGAUCGAGGAGUGUGGCUCCCAGCCUCUUCCUCAGGAACCCAUGUGGCAGUGCUUUCUGGGCAGCGCCCACCCUCCUUCCCCACCUGAAGUGGAGACCCCCCAUCCUGCCAAGAUGGACUGUGCCAAGCUGCACUGCUGCUCCAAAGCUAACACCUCUCUCUGCAGGGACAUGUGUCAGGAAAUCAGCACUAACUGGGGGAGCCAGACGUGGCAGGACUUUGACCAGCUCUGCGAGUACAACCCGGUGGAGACGGAGCUCAUCAACUGCCUGGCUGAUGUCAGAGAACCCUGCCAGCUAGGCUGCAAGGACCUCACCUACUGCACCAACUUCAACAACAGGCCGACAGAGCUGUUCCGCAGCUGCAACGUCCAGUCAGACCAGGGCGCCAUGAACGACAUCAAGCUGUGGUCCAACGGGACGAUCAAGAUGCCUUUCAUGAACAUACCUGUGCUGGACAUCAGAAAGUGUCUGCCGGACAUGUGGAAGGCCGUGGCCUGCUCCCUGCAGAUCAAACCCUGUCACAGCAAGUCCAGAGGGAGUGUCAUAUGCAAGUCAGAUUGUGUGGACAUCCUGACCCAGUGUGGGGACAGGAAACGUUUUCAUGAAGGACAAACUCCAGAGAGGAUCUGUGAACUUCUCUCACCUAUUGAUGACCCUGAACGCUGCAUUCCCCUCCACAGAUACCUCACCCCCAGUUCCCUAGGUAACAACAUCGUUGAGGAGGUCAUCCAUCCAUGCAACCCCAACCCGUGCCCCACCAACCACUUGUGCCAAGUUAACAGGAGAGGCUGCCUUGAUGAACUCAACUGUCAGCCAUACAUCUGUGUGCCAGGCUGUAAACUGGGCGAGGCCUCAGAGUUCCUGGUGCAGCAGGACGCUCGCAUCCAGGUGCCGACUCGCACUGGUCCUGCUGGGUGUUACGAGGUUUGCAGCUGUGGUCCCAGUGGGCGUCUGGAGAACUGUGUGGAGAUGCCCUGUGUGGACACCAACAAGCACUGCAUUGUAGGAGGACAGAGGAAAAGCCACGGGACGUCUUUCACGAUCGAAUGUCACACCUGUUCCUGCUUCGCUGGUGACACCAUCUGCUCCACGAGAGAAUGUCUCAGCUUCGACAGCACCGACGAGGACCGCCGACACUUUACCGGUCUUCCCUGUAGUUGUCCCUACCGCUUCGUUCCAGUGUGUGCAUCUAAUGGGCGGACCUAUCCCAGUGCCUGUGUGGCUCGCUGUAUGGGAUUCAAGGACUAUCAGUUUGUCUUUGGCUUGUGCCAUAUUAAUGUCUGCGCCAACAAGCCUUGCCCGAGGAACCAGAGGUGCGUCCCAAAGCCUCGUGUGUGUCUGAGUGACGUAUCAGGCUGCCCCCAGUAUGAGUGUGUUGGCCGGCUGACAACCUGUGACAAGAACAGCGUGGAACCAGCCUGUGAUACUGAUGGCCUGCUCCACCCCAGUCUCUGCCACCUGUAUCAGGCUGGGAAAACCCUGGCCUACAUGGGCCACUGCCAGGAUGCCUGCAGGAAGCCUCAACAAGUUUGUGGUCAUAACGGAGAGACCUACAACACGGUAUGCGACGCCUUCUCUGACCGCGUGGCUGUGGACUACGAGGGCCCCUGCCACGCCGUGGGGGCCGUGUCUGACGUGGCCCCCGACUGUGCGUGCAGCGUGAUUCCCUGUCCGCCUCUGUCCACUCCAGGCUGCCAGCCUGUCACUCCACCCGGAGCCUGUUGUCCAAUAUGUGCCAGCAUGCUGCAGAUACUCUGGAACAAAGAGCAGAUGAAUACUUUCUCUAAGUUGAACAAGAACCAGCCGGUGACAGUCCAUGACGUCCUGCAGAUCCUGCGGCUUUAUGUCUCAGUGCCACAGUGCGACGUCUUCGGCUACCUGAGCAUCAACCACGAGCUGGUGGUCCUUAUCGCUCCGGUGGACCAGCAACCAACACCGCUGCAGAUCGAAGCCUGCAGUAAGGAGGCCGAGAAGAUUGAUUCUCUCAUCAACUAUGCCAGCCCGACACUGGUCUCUCAUGUCCCGCUCUCUGCCUUCCUCAUCUCUGAGAUCAAGACCUCCUCCAUCCACUCAUCAGGGGGCCGCCCGCCUUCGCCUCCACCCCCCGGCUUGUGUGUCCUCCUGGCCCUCCUCAUCGCCGCAGCCCCCGUCUUCCACCAGCUCUAAGUGUGCCUCACCCCCACCCAGCCUCUCUCCCACUAACUCUCGAGUGUUCCAAAGCGUCCCCCCUCUUCCCGGGAUGACGGGGGUGUCAUGAGGUGAGUGUGUUUGGGGCAGCCGCGGAGCAAGAAGAACCGGCGGCGGCGUCUUUCGACAAUCAUUCCUAUUGACUCACCUGCGUGUCUUACAAUCAAGCCGGUGGAAGAGCUAUUAAUACGGAAAGCUUUUGUAUGGACAGUGUUAUUCAGCCGACGAGUUAACUGAAGUAUGCUUAGUGUGUGAGUGUGUGUGUGUGUGACCUUUAAGAUGCAUUUGACUUGAUACCAGCAGUGUUCAUCCAUUAGUCCCAGUAGCAAGGUCUCCUCUGAAAGCUGUUAAAACGCUCCUGUUCUGAGGCGUUGCGUGUGUGUGUGUGCGUGCGUGCGUAUGUGUGUGUGUCCAAUUGGAUUUAAGAGGCAGACGAGGACGAAACAUCCCCGUCUGGUAGCACAUCUGGCCGACAGAUCCCCCUGGUCACACAGACUUUCACACGCACUCGUACACAAAGACUGGUGUCACUCAGUCCAGACUCGGUUCUCGGUUCAGCGUAAACCAAGUAUCACACAGUCUGAUCAGCACUGAAGUGACGCUUUUCACGCCUCGAGUAAACGAGACUGCGCAGUCUGCACCACAGUGGGUGAUGUAUAUAUAUGUGAGGUGUAUAUGGACCUAGUGUUUGAACCUGUAACCUCAGCAGUGUUAGUGCCGUGCUCACGGACUGAGCCAGCUCAGAUGAAACAAAUCCAGCCUCCAAAGUCGGUCGUAACCGCUGACCAAAAAAAGUGUCCAGAUCGUAAUCAAAAUGUUUGAAUAUGAAGGGAGAACAGCUCCGGUUGUGUUUCAUGCAGCAGUGUAGUGACGCAGAUCAGAGCUGAAACGAUGAUCAAGGAUCCUAAACAAUCUUGGAUAUCGGUAAGAUGUCAGUUUUACCUGACGACAUGAAGCUUUCCUCUGAAACAAACCUGGUAAAACUUCAUCUGAAGUGGUGUUCAUAAAGUAUCAUUAAUAUAUUAGAAGUACUUCCCGAGUGCAUGGAAAAAGAGCAGUUUAAAGGCCUUAUCAAUGUUAUUCCACACUGUAGCCUGACAACUCCAAGCGUUUUCCAAAGCACAUCAUCAAUCAUCACUGCGUAGAUGGAUUUCCUUAUUUUCAGCUCAUUUCAGAACCACAUGAGCACCACAAUUUUUUUCAUUUUUCAUUCAUCUGACAAAAACUGUGGUUUGAGACCAGUGGUUCCCAACGUGGAGUCAGGGCUCCCAAAAGGGUCACAAGAUACAGUAAAUGUGAGCGUAUGAUAAGGUGAGAGAUUGAUAAUUUUCUUAGUACUAACAACCCAAGUGGUCAAUGUUCAGUGACUUUCAUAACAACCCCACAAAUCCAGGAAAUCAAUCCAGUCGACAAAAACUCUGAAAAGGAAAAUGUGAAUUUUGUUGUUUUUGCAUGAAAAAAAGAUUGUUGUUCAGCCUGUCAGAGCGUGUCAGAGCGUGUCAGAGCGUCCAUGAAUGCAACAAGAGAUUUAGUCCCUGCUUGCACCUGCAUUACAUAUGAUAAUUCACCUUUAAGACACAAAUGAAAGUGUUGAUUGGGAUGCAUCAACCAUCUCAGCUUUUGCAACUCUACAAGUUGUUUUAUAGUGUGCUGAAAUGUACUGAAACCAAUAUCUGUCUGGAAGGGAGGAAAGCACUUUAAAUCUAACAGUAUGCUUUGGAAAGUGGUCCUCAGGAACGAUAACUAUCCAUGAUUUGUAGUGAAGGGCUACCCUGUAAAGUGUUGCCCUUCCAUAAAGGGCUCGCAAAAGACAGAUUUAAAAAAAAAGGAAUGGUCAGCAUUGAUGCAGCAGACCGAGAUACCCUGACAGUCCCGAGUACUGGAUCCAAUAAUGCAACCUGUUUGACUUUGAGUAUCUUAUGAGCACCUCUUCCAAUAAAGUGCUACCAGGAAGUGACAGAGCAGCAGAGAGGGCUGGAUCACCACUCCCUCUGCGUGAGGCCAGUAGCUCUGAAAAGCAUUAAAAGGGAUGCUUCCUGUCUGUACAUAUGAACUAGAAGCCAUUUAAUAACAAACAGACAAUCAGCGAGUCACUACCCACAAUCCACUUUGGGAAGUGAAGAUUUCCACAGUAUGCUUUGCAUAUAGAGCCUUAUAUGAAGUAAUAAUGAAAAUGCAAUAACUUUAUAUUUGUUAAGAAAUGUCUCUAUAUUUGAUAUGUAUCUGAUAAUGGAUUGAGGUAAUGAUCACCUUCGUGCCAUGUUUCUUAUACAAAUAGGUGUUGUUCUUUAUUGCAUGAUGACAAUUAUGAAGUGUUUUUACUCCAGAAUGUAUUAUAGUGUGUGUUGUCCUGUCUAUGUGUGUUUUUCUAUCUGCCUGUACAGCACAAUGUGUCCCAGUCUCUAACAGUAUUACUGUGCUAGGCAGCUCUUUAGCAGGGAAACCUACUCCUCCAACUGUUAUUAUUUUUGUUAUUAUUAUUAUUAUUGUGAUUAUUUCCUCUGGAACCGACAUGAGUCUGGUAACUUUUCAAGAUUUUAUAUGUCUUCAGCGAAUUAAUUUGUUUUCAUGUCACGUUUGAAAUAAGUUCACACAUUGAAACUAAAAGACUUUUUUUUCUGCUCCUGAGGAAUUAUUUCUGUUUUUCUGAAUUAUUUCUCAGCUAAAAGAAUAGUUGAACAUUUUUGGAAAAAAGCUGAAUCAGCGUUUUCUGAGAGUGAGAUGAGAUCCGGAUGAGUGAGCGUCUGAAGUGAUGUGUGGACGGCAGGAGUGAACAACCAGCCGGGCUCUGUCCAGAGUUCAAACACACACAGAAACACCUCACGGGGGACUAAUGAACGCCUUCCAUCAUGUUUGUUUCAUUCACCCGAGAAAUGAAAAAAAACUAAAUAAAUUCAUAGUUUUAGGGAGAGAUGCAGUACCCGUUGGAGUUAUUUCUUGACAAAAAAUAGUUCAAUAUUCAGUCAAUCCUCACCAUAAACCCGCAUAAUAAUGCAGUUAGAGUCAGGGGCACUGCCAGGUACAUGCUAACAUUAGCGGUUUAAUAAAGACACCAAACCACCAAACUUCAUAAAUCCUGGCUGUUGCGUGAGCUGUAAUUGGACGGUGGCUAUUUGGGGAGAAAGUCACAGCCCAUUUAUUAAAAUGGAAUUUGUUGUCUGGAUGAUAAAUGAUCUGAUCUUGCCUUUGCAUUUACACUUCGUAUUUUUAUCCUCCUUGUUAUCCUCAGUGAGAUCGGCUCUCUAUCCUCCAGACCAAACCUGUGCGUGAGGUGGUGGCAAAUCAGCCCUCCCUUGUUUCCCCCUACUUCCAGUCUUCAUGCUAAGCUAAUAAUACAUCCCUCCUCCCGCUCCACGUGUAACACACAGACACUAGACUGACAUCCAUCUUCUCCUCUCGCCCUCAGAAAGGAAGCUGGUCAGCCAGAUUCCAAGAUGUGAAACUACUCAUACAUUCUGGUGAUUUUUGUUGUUGUUGUUGACGUUUUGAAGCUAACUCGGCAGCCCUCCGGAAGCCGAGAGGAAGUAGCUGCUCACUUCUCUUGUCUUUCCAUUUGAUGUAAAAGCAGUGUUAUUGGAGUGUAAUUGAACCAAUCAGCUUUUGGCUGCAGGAGUCGGUCCAUCCAGGACUGCUGUCGCUCAUACUGUGUUUUUUGAUAUCAUUUGUUGGUUUGGUUUGAUUGCUAUGUCCAAGUUUCUAAGGGUCAUUGAGUGUUGUUCUUUUCUUUGCAUCAUCACUGUGUUUGACUCUGUAAAAGUGCCAUUAAUAAAAAAAAAAAAGAAAUGAAAGAAAGUUAUUAGGAUGCAUAUAUUAUUAAAUAUAAAAAAGCAAUACAACAAC